UUGUAUGGUUUUUCUCUUUGAUUGUUGAGGAAUUUUGGAUCUCUUUGUGGUUUUGAAUUCUAUUUAUUGUGUUAGCAACCUCAGUAAGGGAAUUUUGCACCAUAUUUAAUGCUGAAUUCACAUAUUUUUGCACUUUCUGCAAAUGGUCCCUUUUAAACCCAAAGUGGCGAAUUAAUAUUGAGAGAGACCUUUCAUUGUUCAUCAACUGGUACACAUUUAAUGCUAUUAAUACCAGAAUUUUAGAUGAGUAGAAUUUAUGAGUUUUAGGACUUGUAGGAGUCAAUGCUUUGUUUGUGGAAGAGAAGCACUUUGUGAAAAGUUCAUUUCAUCAAGAGAAAGAAUGGCUGUUAUACGUUUCGAGGGCGAAGGGCUAUGGAAGACGACGUAUUUUCUGGCCUUGCCAACGGCCAACAGAUCGAGAGCAAGGUCGUUCAAACGUUCCAGAAAGGUUUUGUGCAAGUGCAGAACAUUCUGGACCAGAACAGGGUGUUGAUCAGUGAGAUCAACCAGAAUCACGAGUCGAAGAUCCCGGAUAACCUGUCGCGGAACGUGGGGCUGAUCCGGGAGCUCAACAACAACAUCAGGAGGGUGGUCGAUCUGUACAACGAUCUGUCCAAUUCCUUCGCCAAAUCCACGGAGGCCUCCUCGGAGAGCGAGUCGGCCGGGGUGACGAAAUCUGAUGGAAGAGGUGGGCAGAAGAGAGUAAGGUCUGGUAAUUGAGAAUGUCUGGGAUUUUUUUAUAUCUAAUUCUUGAGGUGAUACGAAUAUAAUCUGGUUAGUGUAACUUUAUUUCUUGGGAAUUCUUGAUCUUUAGCUAGAAUGGGCAUUUUUCUUGGGAUAAAAGGACUGGAUACAUAUAGCUACCUAUCUAUCAUGGUAGUUGGUGUAAAUCUUGCAAUUGUAAUAUCAUCAUGAACAUUAGCAGAUUAUACAUUUCCAAAGCAAAAAUCUUUCACAA